AGCUACCCGCCACACCUGGGCCUAAUCAAGCGCGCCCGGGCAGUCGGCGCGUUUGCUUUUGUCGUGGUGGCGCAUGUCAUCUGGCGACCGCCGCAACCCAAACUAGUAGUGUCUACAUAGCCCCUAGAACGCAUCCAGGCGGGUGUGUUUGUCGUUACUGCUCAGGCCUGGCGCCAUGCCGCAGCUGAGCCGGAGCAAGGGCAUGCCUCUUGCAACUCUCGUUGCCCAGGGGGGCAAGAGGCGCCGCCUCGCAGGUGACGAUGAGGAGGAGGAGGACGACGACGACCAAGAUGAAGGGUUGCGCGGGGAUCAGCUGGGCGCCGAGGAGCUGGGCCUGAGUGACAGGUCUUGGCUUCCGGGGCUCAAGCACCACUGGGACGUGGAGGAUCUGGAGGCCCUCAAGAUGGCCACCCCGGAGCGGCCCUAUCGCAUGUACCAUUCCUCGGGGGGUGUUCUGAGGUCGGCGCACGGCGUCCUGAUCCCCGAGCCCUACAAGCUGCGCUACGAGACCCCCGACACCCCGUGGGUCUGCCCCGUCCGCGACUGCCGCCGCCUCUUCAGCUCUGUCACCGCCAUGGGCGGCCACUGGCCCAAGCACCGCGGCUGCCUCCUCAACGACAACCUGGACGGCACCUUCAGCAUCGUCGGCACGUACUCGCGCAUCCUUAACGGGGAGCCGAACCUUAACGCCGUCGUCAUCUCGCAGGGCCCGUGCGACCCCGACGAGCCCAUCGCCACCCCGCAGGUCGCCGCCUGGAACGCCGGCCGCGAUGAGCACGACGUCAUGACGUGCAGGAGCGCUCUCCGGAUUUUCAAUCCCGCUGGCUUACCGCGACCGAACCCAGUUGGCGGCGCUGGUGUCGGCAAUAGUGGCAGCGGAACGGCAGCCGCCAAAGCUGCAGCGCCCGUCUCCACACCCAGCACGCAGGGCUCGACCGACGCCCCUGAUAUACAUGCCGCCAGCCCCAUGCCUGCAACUGCUGUGUCCUCUAGCCAGAUGAGGCCGCGGCCGCCAUCCCAUGAUUUCGUUGUAGAAGACUGGGAGGCCGAGCCAGGCUAUAUCCAGUCCCAGGAGGAGGAUCAUGACAAGAUCGCCUUCUCCAGUGACUAUCUGAGCAAGGAUCCCGUGCCAGUGGCGGACGGCAUCUCCUUCCGCGUCGAGACAAUAAGCCCCCACACGGGCCGCAGCUUCAAAGUGAUGCAGACGGCGACCAGGAUCUGCUCGCUGGCCAGCGGCAAGCUCAUUGUGCGGCUCCAGAACGAGCCCGAGCUUUGGAUAGGCCCCCAUGGCAUGUUCAAGAUCAACCCCGGCGCCGAGUGCAUCGUGUGGAACAGCCUGGACGACGCGGACUCGGUCUUGCACGUAUCCACCAUAGUAACGGACUUGCUUUGAGAUUCUAGAAAAGUAGAGAUAGACACUCAAAGACUGUGGCCACACACCCCCUUGGCUGCGGCAGCAAGCUUGGCCCAACAACUGGAAAGAACCAUCGGCCGAGCUCGGUGAUACAAGAGAUAAAAGACCA